UCUGGCGGCUGUCCGUCUGUUGGAAAGUCAACUGUGUUUGGUGUUCUGUUCCUGUCAGAGUUUCCCCUCUUUCUCUGUUCGCUGACUUUCGUGAAGAGGUUUUCACAUUUUAUCGGGUUUUAUGUUACUGUUCUAGAAGCUUCGCCUUUUGGCCAACGCGUGGAAUGUUUUCGAAAAGUUCCUGAAGUACUCUGUAAGGAACCGGUGAACGGCGGACAGCACCGGAGAUGGAUAAGCUAACUGAUAGCUGAGUGGCUAGCCGAGUAUCACAGGUCAAGAAGAAUAGAGGCGGGCUAGCAUGCUAACAGUCAGCUAACUUAGCUCGUUACCAACUAACAUUUGUUAACCUGAAACAGCCAAAGUACUGCUCGGACUUGAAUGUUUCACUGUGAACACUUUAUCGGAGGCCGCGCAGUCGAGGAGGAACAGCGUGUUUGUAAUUUGCGGUAGGAACCAGUUCAGAGGCAGCGGCUGUUCAUCUCUUAGCCGUGAGUAAGAGCAUGCUAUCCAACGCUCAGAACCAGCCGCUGUUUCCUAACCCGCAGGGGCAGCAGAACCCUCCCGGGCAGCAGAACCCUACGGGCCAAUUUAUGCUCUUCCACCCUAGACCAAGCUUGCAGAUAAAGAAGAACGCCAUAACAGACGAUUAUAAGGUGACCAGCCAGGUGCUGGGGCUAGGAAUCAAUGGCAAGGUGUUGGAAAUCUUCCAGCGGAAGACAGGAGACAAGUAUGCACUAAAGAUGCUGCAGGAUUGUGCCAAGGCUCGCAGAGAAGUGGAGCUUCACUGGAGGGCGUCACCUUGUGCCAACAUUGUGCGCAUCAUUGAUGUGUAUGAGAACCUUUACCAGAGCAGGAAGUGUCUGCUUAUCGUCAUGGAGUGCAUGGAUGGAGGAGAACUUUUUAGUCGGAUCCAGGACAGAGGGGACCAGGCUUUCACAGAGAGGGAGGCGUCUGACAUCAUGAAGAGCAUAGGAGAGGCCAUUCAAUUCCUCCAUGCAAUCAAUAUUGCACACAGGGAUGUCAAGCCAGAAAACCUGCUGUAUUCCUCCAAGAGCCCUGAUGCUCUGCUAAAACUCACAGACUUUGGCUUUGCCAAGGAGACCACCUCACACAACUCUUUAGCUACACCCUGCUACACGCCGUAUUAUGUUGCUCCUGAGGUUCUGGGCCCUGAGAAAUAUGACAAGUCAUGUGACAUGUGGUCAUUAGGGGUCAUUAUGUACAUCCUUUUGUGUGGGUACCCCCCAUUUUAUUCGAACCAUGGUCUAGCCAUCUCUCCUGGUAUGAAAAAGAGGAUCCGAAUGGGCCAGUAUGAGUUCCCCAACCCUGAAUGGUCUGAUGUAUCAGAGGAGGCUAAACAGCUGAUAAGAACUCUUCUUAAGACGGAACCGACCCAGAGGAUGACUAUCACAGAAUUCAUGAAUCAUCCUUGGAUCAAUCAAUCAAUGGAGGUUCCUCAGACCCCUCUUCACACCAGCCGUGUGCUAAAGGAGGAGGAAGACCUUUGGGAAGUUGUUAAGGAGGAAAUGACCAGUGCCUUGGCAACAAUGAGGGUUGACUAUGACCAAAUCAAGAUCAAGACCAUUGAAGAGUCAUCCAAUCCACUGCUAGCGAAAAGAAGGAAGAAAGCCAUUAAUGCAUUGGGGGGUACAGAGUCUGCGGCCCACUGAAAGCUGCAAACAAGCAUGCACACACAAAAACAGGUUGUAAAAGGAAGCAAUAAUUUGUCGACAUGAGUCGCGUUGCAUGGAUUUUCUAUGUUUUAUUUUUCUUGACAAAUUCUAAUGUUUUGUAGAUGUUUGUUUUUAUUACUCUACCAUUUUAACAGACCCACCACUCUGCUUUAACAGAGGAUGCUAAUCUAUGUUUUUACACUAGUUAAGAGAUUAUGACUUACAGAAAAGGAGAGGAGUGGAAUUAUUGGCACUUCACUCCUCUCUUUUUCCAGAUUUAUCAGGUUACAUUCAGAGGGGCUUCAAUGUUGGAAUUGAACAUGAAGCCUUGGUGUUGGUAGUUACUCUUUCCCCCUGCAGCUCUGUUGUAGUCCCAAACCUGUGAAUGUUUAAUUGCUAACCCCCCCCCCCCCCCCCCAAAAAAAAAUAAAGGGAAGGUUCAUUUUUCAUUCAUGCAAAAUGAACAAAUACUUUUGAAAUGACAAGAGGAAUGUAAGGACUCUGUCCCUGGCUGUUAAGUUGCUGGAUAUCAUUAUUAAUUUGUCAGUCUUUGAUGGGAGUUUGUCAGGGUGUGAUUAUUUUUAGUGAUUGUCAGAGGCCUAUGCACUCUUCAAAGGCCAUGUGCCAUUCUGACUGAGCACCUCACGUAUGGCCCUUCUCUCCUACCACAAUCUAUAAAGUAUAUUAUUUCAGAGCAGAGACACUCAUUAUCUUAUUCUCCACGUAGCUCAUAGGAGAGUUGGGGCCAGUCGAAAUUGUAUUUUUACAUGGAUUUUAUAAACAUUUUAGAAUAGGCCUUACACAGUGUUGCUGUGACAUAAAAAAAAGAUUACCUUUGACACCCUAUCAUUUGGCUCAAGUAAUCCCCCCCUCUAGUUUUGGCUUGAUAAUUGAUCAAAUUGCCACAUUGCAUUUCACGUUCAUUCUAUGCAGGUGUCUUUUGUGUUAAAGUACUGCUCCGACAUUUGGUUAUUGAUUUUUCUUAGCAGAUGUGACUGAGAUGACUAGCACAAACUUGGCAGUGUGUGUGUGUGUGUGUGUGUGUGUGUGUGUGUGUGUGUGUGUGUGUGUGUGUGUGUGUGUGUGUGUGUGUGUGUGUGUGUGUGUUUGUUUAUGUAGCAGCAGCACCUUUUAGGGAUCACACAGUUCUACCUGAACGGUUGAGCUCUCAACAUGUUUUUGACAAGCUCUCCUGAUGUUGUUGUAGCAGUUCAUCUGCAAAUCCAGAAGGCUCUAUGGGACAAUGGACUUGUCUUGCCCAAUAUCUGUGCUUUCUCAAGAAUCGAGUUUUGCUCAUACUUCUGGAUUAGAAGAAUAUAUCAGAGUUGUUCCUCACUCUGGAGCAGGAGCUGAUGUGUCACCAGCAAGAUGUUGUCACAGUCACCGAGGGAGUGAUGGUUCGAUGACUCCUCGGUACAACGGGAUACUUUCUGGUUCAUUUGGGAUCAUGGGAAUUGCCUUUUUUCCCAGUUUACUUUCACUUUAUACAAUUGCAUAUGCAUUUUUCACAUCCACAUAUUUGUCACUGCACUGUAAAAAAAAAAUAAAAAAAAAUCAUUGUGACAGUGGAUUCCCCCCCCCCCCCCCCCCCCCCCACACACCUUUUUUUUGUAGUGGAAGCAGUUAUUCAUUCAGCUUGAGCUGCUGUUCUUUUGUCUGAUUUCAGCUUUGGAUUAAAAUCACACAUUAAACACAA